ACAAUCAAUGAUCAUUACACGUGUCACUGUUUAAAUAACAUCGCACGAUUAUCCCUAGAAACACCAGAUAACUCUCCCUCAAGCGCCAACACUGCAAUUCUCUCACGUUUCAUCAAAUCGGUUCUUCUCACAACUCCUUCACAACAAUCUUCCUCUAUUUCGUCAUUUCCAAUUCCAACGGUUUAACUCUCUCACUCACUGUCUCAUUCAACAAAACAAACAUUAACUACUAAACAGGGUUUUAGUUUUACGCUUAAGCUUAAACACAAAAUAAAAAAUUCCCUUAAAACCUAGGUCAUUAAUUAAUUUCUAGGGUUUCAAUUUUCAUUCAUUCAUUCAUUCAUUCACAAAUCACAACACAAAAAUGGGUGUUGUUGGUGAAUGGCAUGAUUGGCAAUCCCUUCUUCAAUCAAUAAUCUUUGGUCUAAUCUUCUCUUACCUUCUCGCUAAACUAAUUUCAAUCGUCGUUUCAUUCAACAACGAAAAUCUCACAAUCACACGCAACACCACAACAAACACAAUUCCCGAUCAUGAUUCCAAACGAAACGACGUCGUUUCUGAUCCUUCUCACCACCGUCUCGAAACCGAAGCUGAAUCUGUUAUGGCUGAACAAGGUAGUGUUAGAAAUGAAAGCGUUGACGGUGGUGAUGAUGAUUAUGAUGAUGAUUGGGAAGGUGUUGAGAGUACUGAAUUGGAUGAAGCUUUUAGCGCUGCUACUGCUUUUGUCGCUGCUGCCGCCGCUGAUCGGUUGUCGCAGAAAGUUUCUAAUGAUGUUCAGCUUCAGCUUUAUGGGUUGUAUAAGAUUGCAACUGAAGGUCCUUGUAGUACUCCUCAACCUUCUCCUCUUAAAAUGACGGCUCGUGCUAAAUGGCAAGCGUGGCAGAAAUUGGGUGCGAUGCCUCCUGAAGAUGCAAUGCAGAAGUACAUUGAUAUUGUGUCGGAGCUAUAUCCUACUUGGCUUGACGGUGCCCCUUUGAGGAGCAAAAGGGGUGACGGUAGUGGCCCUAGUUCAGACGCUCGAGGACCAAUGGGACCAGUAUUCAGCUCUUUUGUUUAUGAAGAGGAAUGCGGCAAUGACUCGAAAAUGGACGCCAUUCACGGAUUUGCAAGAGAAGGAGAUGUGGCUAAUCUACUCAAGUGUAUUGAAAAUGGUGUUUCAGUGAAUUUGAAGGACAGUGAGGGUCGGACACCAUUACACUGGGCUGUGGAUCGUGGCCACCUUAAUGUCACAGAGCUGUUGAUCAGCAAGAAUGCUGAUGUAAAUGCCAAGGAUAAUGAUGGACAAACUGCACUGCACUACGCUGUAACGUGCGAGAGAGAAGCCAUAGCUGAAUACUUAGUGAAACAUAGUGCAGACAUCCAUUCAGAAGAUAAUGAUGGCAGUUCUUCGCGUGACAUCUGUAGUUCCAAGUGGCCAUUUAUGCAGCAUGAGGGAGAAGUAAAAUGAUUGUUCAUUUUUGUAUGUUGCUGCUUUUGGCUAGUACAUCCUUGCCCAAAUCCCUUCAGGAUGCACGUGUCCAUAUAACUUGAAUUUUUUGCCCUUACUCUUGGUGUACACACCCUUUUAACUGUAGUCUACACCUAUCCACUGCUUAGGUAAUGGUUAAUGAAGUAUAUUCUGUUAUGUUGUU